AUGAAAUCAGUUGCCAUAAAACUUUUACUUGGACUUUUAGUUCAAUCUGCUACGUCUUCUGCUCUUUUACAGAUUUCUUCCGAUACUCUUCUGGACGAAGAAAAAACCAUUUCCGGCGAUAUUACAGUUAAUGCUGGCUCUUCUUUAAUGAUAAACCAUGAUGCUGAGUUAUCCAUCGAAAGUGGUACCAUUGCAAACAACGGUAAUCUAUGUAUCGGUACAACUGAUACUGUAAGUGAGAUGUCAAUUGAUAUUGUUGCCAGAAAUAUCAACAACAAGGGAAACUUAAUUAUUGAUAAUGGAGACAGUGGUGAUACUUCUACCAAGGUGACAAUUGGGUCAUUGAUUAACAGCGGGUUUUUACGUAUGAAUUUAAAGGACUCUAGUGAAUCUUUCUCCGUUACUAAAAACUUUAUCAAUAGUGGUUAUAUUUUGCUAGGCCAUGUUAGUGAGUUUGAUAGUUUGUUGACAUUUGAAGCCCCAAAGACCGGUAUCCAAAACAAUGGCACUAUUGACGUUAGUGGUACUAAUGUUACCAUCAAUGCUCCAAUCACAGGUGGUGGUUGUAUUUAUGGAAAUAGCAUGGGUACUGAUUUGACUAUUGACACUGAUUAUUCCCUUGAUCAGACGUUUUGGAUGGAGAGUUCAGGUACAGAUUCAAAAAUUACGUUAUUGGGUAGUGGUAAAAAUAUUCCUAUUAUCAGAGGGUUCGGUAAGAAAUCAAUGAUUGUAUUAGGUAGAAACAUUCCUACUUACAACGGUACUCUAACUCAACCAUCCUAUGAUCCUGCCACAGGUAUUGUGACCAUUUCUAACAUGUACGGUACUUUCCGAAUUGACAUUGGUAAGGGGUACGAUGGAAGUAAAAUCAGUGCUGCUGAACAAACUACUUGUGGCUCAGGUUCUUGUUACGCUCCUUCUUUGCAGUAUAAUGGGGUGGAACCAGCUGCAGCAACUGAGAGACCAGCCAAGUGUGCUGCCAACCCAGACCUUUCUAUGGCAGUAUGCAGCACUUGUGUUUCUCCUUCUUCCUCUUCAGCUGUUUUCUCAUCCCAACAUUCAACCAGCUCUUCUGUUUCGGUUCCAGCGACUUCUAUUCAGACAACUUCAUCUGCUGUGGCGCAACACACUGUUUCUAAAGGUACCUCCUCUACCACCAAUGAUAAUGGACAAUGUGUUGUUACUGAAAUCUCAACGGAAUAUUUUUCUACAUUACAUACUACUACUUAUUUCUAUACCACUGCUUCAACAAUUACCGCUCCAGUGACAAGUACCUUUAUUACUACUACUUACAGUAAGGUUUAG